AUCAUUGUGUUUGAUAAUCACCAUAGUGUAUAGCUACUGAUUAUGGAUUUGUUAUCUUUUGGUAUAAAACAACAUCUGACAGGGGGCGUCAUCGAUGCAAAGGGAAAAAAAAGAUGGCUAAUUUCAUGUUAGGUGCAGCAGCUCUGCUGAUUUUCUCUUAUUCAGGUAUCUGUGUUUUUUCUUCUCGUUAAUAUAAAGUUACAAUGUUUUAACGUGACAAUUGGUGCCGCAUUAACCUAAAGGCAAUUAAGGCACGCGCUUUGGGGUGGGGGGGGGGGCACUCGAGGGAUAGUUGUCAUGGGAUGAUGAGAGGAAAGAUGAUAGAAAGAAAUCAUUUUACAUUUUCAACGUUUGACAAAGGAGUUGGCUGGAAUUGUCCACAUGGUAAUAAAAAACAAGUUUACAAUGUUUUAACGUGACAAUUGGUGCCGCAUUAACCUAAAGGCAAUUAAGGCACGCGCUUUGGGGUGGGGGGGGGGGCACUCGAGUGAUAGUUGUCAUGUGAUGAUGAGAGGAAAGAUGAUAGAAAGAAAUCAUUUUACAUUUUCAACGUUUGACAAAGGAGUUGGCUGGAAUUGUCCACAUGGUAAUAAAAAACAAGUUGAAACGGGAUAAUAAAAUUAAAAACAAGGAAUUCGCUCGUAAAAAAAUUCCAAUGCAUCGGCACUGCAGGAAAAUGAUAAUUUUGAAGAUAAACUGUUAAUUCGGUAAUUUUAUGCAGAAAAUCUUGAGUGGCCCCAAAAAUUCAACUGCCUAGGGGCCCCCGGACGAUUUAGUCCGGCACUGUUUACAAUGUUAAUUAGUUUCGCAUAAACUUUCAGAUUAACAGACCCUAAUUAGUCACACAAAAAUGCAUCUGAAAAAAUUAAACUUUGUUUAAAUAGAUUUGAUAUAAUUAAAUACACAUGUAAGAAAUUCUUUUUGAAAAUAAUAAAGAAUGAAACAAUUCAUAAAAUAAUUCACAAAUACACAAUUUUUACAGAAUAUUUUUUUUAAUAAAACAAUUAAUCGUCAAAAUUUUGUCUUAAAAAAUCAGCUACCGGACUUCAGUUCGACGUCCAACCCACAAAGAUUGAAAUAGGUCUUUCUACACGCUUUGACAUCGUCUGUUCUUUUAACCAUGGAACUGACAAUGAGAUGUCCAGCUUGGUGUCGCUCAUUGUAUCCCGCUCUAAGGACACCACAAACGUGGGUUAUCGUGAGCUAGCUUCCAUCGACGCAUUUUCUGGUCGUGUGACUGACUUGGUCCAAGGCAACGCUACCCUUUCCGGUGCCGUCAACAACAUGGGGGUGUCCUACCUCAGGCUGGAGUGGAAGUUCCCGGACGACGAGGUGUCGGGUCUCUACAGGUGUGUCGCCAACGGCAUUGACGAAACAGGACACCCCAUCAGUGUCAUGUCCACAAGUCUGGUUACAAGUGAGAUCCCGGGUACCAGACAGUUGGUGCAAGUGGUCCGUAAUGUCUUGCUCAACAUGGACUACGCUUUGGAAAACAUGUGUAUAUCAGGUAGAGAAAAAUCUAUUUUUAGAUGAUAAAUCUGCAUCAAUCAGUGUCAAGUAAUGUUACUUACCGUAUUCCGGUGUUACAAAUAUAAUCUUCUUUAAGAUUUAUCUCGUUAGAUUACUAACACGUAACGGAGAACUGAAAAAAACUAUAGACAACGAAAAACGAUACCAAAGCAAACAAUAGAUGAUUUAAUUAUACGGUGCUGUGUGAAAAAGAUAACACUAGCCAGGUACAAACAUUUGUACACACGCAUAAUCACAACUCAUGUCAGUCUUCUAAAGCUGCAGAAAGUCUUGUAAGUCUCAUAAGUCUGACGGUCACAGUCACCGUCGUAUUUAUUGUGAUGAGGUCAGAAAUCCACCCAGAACAGAAUUUAGAAAUUCCAUCGUCGCAGAGGAUUUCUUGCCUCUACGUAGAAAUUCUAAACAAGCGUUCCCAAUAAAGGGUGGUUUUGAGGGGGGGGGGGUGGGGGUGGUAGCACGUGUAUCCAAGUUAUUUUGUGACUUCAGUAACAAACAAAAAAAGUUGGGGGGGCGGGGCGGAUGUAAGUGUGUAAUGCCACGGUUCCACAUGAUGCAAGGUGAAUAAAACUAGGUCAAUUCGCAGAGGAUUUCUUGCCUCUACGUAGAAAUUCUAAACAAGCGUUCCCAAUAAAGGGUGGUUUUGAGGGGGGGGGGGGUGGGGGUGGUAGCACGUGUAUCCAAGUUAUUUUGCGACUUCAGUAACAAACAAAAAAAGUUGGGGGGGCGGGGCGGAUGUAAGUGUGUCAUGCCACGGUUCCACAUGAUGCAAGGUGAAUAAAACUAGGUCAACACACACGCUAUAACAGACGAGUGUAUACUUUCACUUGUAAUCUCUAAUUUAAAACUGCUUUGAAGUUGUUAUCUAUUCAAUAUGUUCAAUAGGAAAAAAAUAACAAAUGACCUGAACUUAUGUGUAUUUUGGAAUUUAACAUAAAGAUAUAAAUAUAUUAUUGGCAUAGGUUUCUGAAGUAAACAUGAUUUCAACAAUGGGAGUCUGUGGUGACGUAGGCUAGGCAAGUUCAUAAUAAACCAAAGCUUUCGAAAUCUGAAAAUCAAAUAACUAGAUGUAGAUGUUUUUUUUUGAGAAUCAAACCCGAAUAGAAAACUAUAAAAUUAAAUCUUCUCAAUAGUCUAAACAAUGAGCCAAAACAAUUUUUUUUGGAAUAGCUUACACGAAAAGAUUUAAAGACAAGUGUCUAGUAUUUCUUUCCGAUCGUAAAUGAGAUCAUCCAUCCAAGUGGCAUUAGAACCUAUUUAGGGCUUUGGCGUUGCUCCCAACUUCCUUCCACUCACACCUCGUCGAUCUGUUUUGUCGGAAUCAACACUGGUAGUCACCUAAAAUUUUUUCAGUAUACGUUUUUUUAGUAUAUGUUACCUUAAUUUUGUCAGUGUUUUGUAUAUUAUAAUGUGUACGGAAAUUCCACUGUAGUAUGCCAUAUUGAAGUUUGGACAUUGUCUUGUAUAUUGGGUUUAUUAAUGCUGAUUACGAUUCUUUUGGAAUUUUAUUCUUUGGUAAUUACAGUUUUAUGUGUCUGAGUAAGUAAUUCUCUUCCUCCAUAUUUAAUGAGUUCCCUAUGUAUGGGUAAAAUUUCUUAAAAAAUAUAGGUUUUAGUCCUCCAUUUGGUGGUUCAUAUUCUUCAUCAUGUCCAUUCUCAUCAUUUUAGUAGUCCUAAAAAUUUUCACCCCACCUCUCAAGUUCUUUACAAUUUUCCGUGAUUAAUUCUCCAUCUCUGCUCGCACACAUUUAGGGCAUUGGCCUGGCUCACCAUGUUCUUCCACUCCGACCUCACAUUCAUCCAUGUGGUGUUACAGAUCGUGUAAGCCUUUGGCCUGACUAACCACUUUCCUCUUCACAAUAGAAGAUCUGACGUGGUAUACUUUUUUUUAUAGGUACUAAAUAUUGGAUGUCAUUUUCGUGUAAGCUCAUUAUUUUUUGUAUGCUUAUUUUAUCUCUAAACUAUUCUAGGAUGUUGGCAGAGUCGGUUGGAACAGAUGAGAAAAGCGAGGUUUGAAAUAUCCUCUUUGUACAACGGUCACAGAUAUCUCUUGUCUAAAACUGCCAACCUUGCCUCCGUGGCUGUGGCCCAAGAAUCAUGUGAACUCUAUGGAGGUUACCUCGCUGAGAUUGAUGACGACUUCGAGCUGUUAUUUGUACAAAACUUUACUAAAUCAGCCCCAGGUAUCGACUAUACCAUGGUUUUAAUUGGAGGAACAGAUUAUGGUCACAAAAAUCAUUGGGUUUUUGAUCGCAAUCUAAGAAACGUCACCUACACCAAAUGGAUAGCCGGAAGGCCAUCAACUACUGCUAACUAUAAUUGUAUAUACCUAGCAGCACCUACUUGGGCAAUGUCCGAUUAUAUAUGCUUUGAAGUCACAAGAACAUAUAAUACUAGAUACAUAUGCGAGGUGCCUGAGGAAUGAAAGCUCAAGAAAUUGUGAUUUUUAAUGUGCAUACAAAUUUAAUUUAUCUAAUUUACUACAUUUUAAUUAUUUUUUUUAAAUCCUAUUUUUAAUGACAAUUUUUUUUUUCAAAAAUAUUUGUAUGUUCUAUUUUUGAUCAAUGGAAACAAAAAAUGAAUUAGAAACGAGAUGAAAAACAUUUGUGUCAGAAACUCUUUAUGGGGAAUCAGAAGCUUUAAAAAAAAUGUAUUUCCAAAUCUACGCUGUCUCUUGUUUAUCAAAUAAAGGAAGCAUCUAGCUAAGUGGUUCUUAACGUGGGUUCGAUCGAACCCCAGGGGUUCGGUGAGCCAGUCUCAGGGGUUCGGCGGAGGUCCCCCCCCAAAAAAAAAUCAGAAAAAAAAAUCAUAUUUUAUUUUUCCUAUAAAGAAGGUGUGGGUGAGUGCAGUCCCCUUAUAUAUCAUCCCUUAUUCUAUCCCCAGAAAAGCUUGUCGCAUUAAUUACAUAUUUUUUUGAUUCAAUUGAUCUAAUGUCUUUUAUGCCAAUAUAAGAUUUAUAAUAUAAUAAUAAAUACGAUAUUAUAUGUUUUUAUGACACCAGAGAAACACGUCUCUCCAUGUAAAUUUAGAGUGAAGCCUUUAAAAGCCAAAUAAAAUACAAGAUUAUAAUACUAGCAUUUCGUCAUUAAUUGCCUAAUAUUUUGAUAGUCGUUCUUUAUACAGGAAUUUAUCCCCCCAAAAAACUGGGAUAAGUGUGAAAAUGUUGACCCUACUUGUCUUAUAAUAAACUAAUGAUUAAAUUACCAAACAGAAUGGAGACGAAUGAUAUAUUUUUUGCACACCAGACACAUUCAACUAACAGAACUAUGACCUAGUUUAAUCAAGUAAAUCGUGCUCACGAAACUAACUGAUAUGAUAAUCUCCAAUUGGACUCGAUAAGUUAGCAUCUCCCAGUAACAUACACACUUUAAAACACUUUAUCUUCUGGCA